CAAUCAACAAAAUCGGCAGAUGACGUGCAAUUUUUCAAAGUUCAUUCUAAACGUACAAUUUACUCUCUCUAUAAAUAUGGAGUGAAGUAUGUGCCAUAUAUUUACCAUCAUUUAUCAAAAUUAAUCAAUUAAUAGUAGAUAUGGCAAGCUCGUGUCCAGGGAAGAAUUCGUGGCCGGAGUUGGUGGGGAAGAAUGGAGAGGAUGCGGCGGUCGUGAUAGAGAGAGAAAAUCGAAAAGUGGAUGCGAUAGUUCUAAAAGACGGAACUCCGGUUACCAAGGAUUUCCGCUGCGACCGUGUGUGGGUUUGGGUCGACGAUUGGGGGAUCGUGGUUCGUACACCCACCGCCGGUUAAAUUAUAAUCACAUUCCUCCUCUUUUUAUUUACACUUAUAUAUCUAUGAUGUCAAUUAAGUGUUGUAAACUACCGUUGCUCUUAAAUAAAUAGUGCCAAUGGCCAAUAAAUAAAUUGUACCUUGUAAACUACCGUUGCACUUAAAUAAAUAGUGCCAAUGGCCAAUAAAUAAAUUGUACCUUCUCUUGUUAAAUUA